GUAUUCUCAAGAUAUUUCGCAAAAUUUUAUCCCUUGUCAUCAUUCACGAAAUCAAAACGAAAUGCACAAAGAAUUUUACAUUGGCUCAAAAGCCGGCAGCCAACUCCAUGGCCUCGACAUCUCGUCAUUUGCGACAAUCGAACAAUUGAAAAAGACGCUGGCAAAUGUCUUUGCCUUUGCAGACACAAAAGAACUAUGUCUCGUGGAUCAAUUACAGAAUCAAGUCUCAACCAUCGAACAAGUACACCAGGCUCAAGAUGCCAUUCAAGUCCGUUCGACGCGCGACGCGCCUAUUCGGGAGCCACCUGGGCCACGAGCAUUGCCCAUAGUUGGCAACCGUUACGAGUUGUAUCCUGAUGUGCUUGGAAACUACGAUCGCUUGUUUUCCAUCUACGGCCCCAUGAUUAAAACAACGAAUAUGGGAACGACAAUCUACCACACCAACGACCCCGAGAUUGCGCGUCAUGUCCUGCGUGAAGACAAGCUCUUUACAAAAAAUACAUCGGAUUCCUCGCAUCCUCUGCACUACAUGGCAGACCAAGACUGUCUAUUCACCUGCGACAGUGACACACCAGCAUUUGCGCCCAGCCACAAAUUCGUACCACCCACAAUGUCGCCGCGUGCUGUCGCACACUUUACGCCGCUGAUCCAAGAUGCGACGCAGUCUGUCUUUACCGCAUUCGAUCAAUUAGCCGACGCAAAUCUGGCUAUCAAUGUCUAUCAGCACAUGUUUAAGCUGGCCUCGCAGAUCAUUUGGCGCGUGGUACUAGACCAGGACCUCAAACAUUUCGAAACACCAAAGACUCCACCAUCGCUGCCUAUCCGGCUAUUUGGCGAAUAUUUAUCGCUAAUGAAAAAGGCCUCGAUGCAAGCUCAAUGGACCAAAUAUCUACCAUUCAGUAACGCUUCCAAGGUCAAGGUUGUUCGAGAAAAGGUGCUUGACGUUGUCGAACAAGCCAUGGAUGUGUGCAUCGACAAGGAUGGCGCUCCGUUGGCGCUGUCAGAUCCAGAAGCCGUUAAAAAGUCACGCUGCAUCGCUGAUUUUCUAUAUCGUGCUCGUGAUGAGAAUGGCGAGGGCCUCUCUUACGAGCUCGUCCGGGGCAACGUAGUAGUUACCUGUGGCGCUGGGUUUACCACGAGUUCAUCGUUGCUCUCAUGGGCAUUGUACGCUCUUGUACGGUACCCUGGCAACCAGGAACGCCUUCUACAGGAUCUGGUCAACGCUCGUGGUGAAGUAAAGGAUAAGAAGUGGACAUAUGAUGAAAUACACGGCAUGAAGUUUCUCGAUUGCUUCGUAAAGGAGGUCCUCCGCGUUCACAGCCCGAGUUUCCAGACGGCACGUAACGCGAAACAGGACGCUGUGCUGCCAGGAGGAUAUCUAAUUCCCAAGGGCUCCAUUGUCAUCGCUUGCUUCCCAAGCUUGCACAAGAACCCGGCGCACUGGGAAAAUCCGCUGAGGUUCGAACCAGACAGGUGGAUGGAGGACGGCUUUGCAGCCAAGAUGGCGCGCCAGGGCUCUUACACACCCUUUGCAGCAGGUGGACGCGGUUGCGUCGGGUUUAAUUUGGCGUUGACGCAGGUUAAGCUGGUGUUGGCCGAGCUAGUAUACCGCUACGAGUUUGACGACUCGUCGCCUGACGCGGUCAUUUACGAUCCUGAAUUCCUGGUUGUGCGGCCGCUCAACUUUUACGCGGGGCUAACACGGCGCAAGGAGUGGCCAAUGUCGCAGUGA